UGGGGAGGGGGGAGAGUACAGUUGGCUUCUGAUCCAAACUGGUGGAGCUGGCUUAUAAAGUUGUUAUGGUAACAUGAGUGCUGAGAUUAGAUUUAUUUACAGAAAGUGCAAAGCCUACCAUAAGCAAUAAAAUAAACAUCAGACUCACUUAUGUUCUGGAGCUCUGUGGUUUGAGAAGUGCUUGUUGAGCAAAUAUGACGGGUGUGAUUAGCUUGGAACAUGCAUGCACAUGCCUUGAUCAAUACGUGGUUUGCUGGUUUAAUUAAGUUUACGGGUUGGAAAAGGGAACAUUUUUUUUUGCUGUUCAGUGCAGCCUGGGAAACAAAUUCCGCUCAUUGUUUCCUGCAGGGUCUACACUGCCUGCUUGAGCCUGGGUUUUCCAGGCUGCCUUUUAGCUUUUGGGAGGCGGGGGCAGGGUGGGAUGUGUACAUUUUGCUUGGAUGUUUACAGCCUGCUUUAAAUAGUUUUUCUUUUGCCUCCAGUGUGGAGAUAAGAUUUGCAUCUGACAUGGAAUUUGAUGGAGUAGAAAGACGUUGGAGGCGUUUCUAAAAGGCUUUUUUUUUCCAAAAUGAGGAUUUUCGUCGCUUUUGAAGGACUUUGGGAAUCCUUCGACAUUUCAUCAGAAAACACAGUGAAAGAUCUAAAACUGAUGAUAAAGGAUUAUUUUCACGUUCCUCUCUCGGAAGAUAAGCAAGGCAGGCGGUAUUUGGAGCUAAUUUAUGCAGGAGCAGUGUUAAAGGACAGCUGGAUACUUGCUGAUGUAGGCAUAUCAGUUUCUUCGACCAUCAAAUGUGUUGUUAAGGAAGAAGAUAAGCCAGUUUUCUAUGUUUACAAUGCUGUCACUCGUGAAAAAGUGCCCAUCAUGGGGAAGAUUUAUCUUCUGGGGUUAAAGGUUUCCCAGCUCAAAAGCCUGGUAACCCUGAAGUGCGGGUUUCCAAACAGCAUUUAUUGUCUCAGGACGCCAGAGGGCAGAGAGAUGUACGACUGCAAUACCUUGAGUGAUUAUCAGUUAGAUAUAGGCACAACUCUUCACCUGGAUGUUUGGGAUGGGUGGAAAGAAUUCCUGACUGGAUGUCUCUUAGGAAACAAGCCCAAGGUCCAGCGCUAUCUUUCAAAGGAAGAACCAGUGCUCAGAUAUCAAAAGAGGGUAGCUCUUUACAUGGCAGCCUUUUUCGGGCACCUUCAGCUUUUGGCGUGGCUCCUGAAACAGGGUGUGAAACCCACUGAACCAGUUGGCAUACAUCCCUAUCGAGAGUGGUGUCACGAAAGCAGCCAGCCGGAUGUCACCUGUUGUCCAGUUCAUGCAGCUGCUGAGGCAGGCCAACUCAUGGUUCUGAAAGCCUUUGUCAAUUACAGUGUCUUAUGCCUGGAAUGCCAGAACUCUGCCGGACAAACUCCCUUGCAGCUAUGUAUCCAACACAGACACAAGAACUGUGUGCUGUAUUUAGUCACCAAGAUGUGGUCAGUGGUUUCUUACCCUAAUUCCUCCCUUCCCAUGAAAAUCUACAUCAAGUUAAAACUGUGGCUGCUUAAGGCUCAAAAUAACAUCUGUACGAAGAAGCGGCGCAAGAAGACAUCAGUCUUCAGGACUAGGGUUGGGGACAUUGUCCUUGUGGAUGGUUUCACAGAGCCCAAAAUGACUUCCAAAAGUUUUUAUUCGGCCACAGUCAAGGGCACAGGCCGCAGAGGCUAUGAACUACCAAACAUCAACUCUCAGUUCCAGCACGGGCAGGGUGACUGGUGCUUGACGAUUUCAAAGGGGCACCUAGGGACAAAUGUCAAAUUGCCCCUGGUAGCAGAUGCAUACAACCAUGCUAAUGCGGGCAGACUGACACAGAAAAAUAACGCCAGGAGGAAGAUUCUGCACAUUAGCAGUGAAGAAAAUAUUUACCAAAAUAUGUGUUUAGCAAGAGUUCCUCUACCCGCUGUCUCUGUUGUCAAGCCAGUUUCUCGUUAUUCCAGCUCCAAUGCAAAAAUUCUGCUCAAUUCUUCUGUCAAGUCUUUUUCAGAACACAGUGGAAGAUCACCAAGGGAGAAUGCAAUCUACUGCUUAGCUAUAGCCAGUGCAUUUAAAGAGAAACCUUGGCUCGAACAACUUGGCAUUGCAAGAACCCUGGCUAAAAAAAGCAUAUACAAACCUGUGUGCUUACCAGCCUCCAUUUGAAACGAGCAUUUGCUGGAGAUGAUACAUCUUGAAAAGUUGUGUUCGGAGAUCCUGACACAUUUGCUGAAAAUUUUAAGCUAGAUUUCCCACCCCACCAACUACAUACAAAGAGGAUUACAUCAUGGAAUAUUCAUAAGACAGAUAUAUUCAAAAUGUAAUAUAUAAUUUGUGACUGUAUAUUUUUGGCUCUUAGUGUCAGGCACUGUAAAUUGACAGGCCUUGUAAGCAGUCAGCAUGCUACUUUACAUAAAUUUCAUCUGAGGGGAGUAGAUUGAGAGGGAAUCAUUUUUGAAGGCUAGUAAGUUGGAACUGACAGAUGGACUUCCCCCCCCUGAGGACUGAAGUCUGUUUUUUUUAAAAAAAAAAACGAAUUGCAGGUUUUUUUUAAUGCAGCAAAUAAACCUAUACAAAGUUGACGAAGACUUGCUUAUAUAAAAACAAAAUUAGUUAAAAACUGAAGUGAAGCCUCAA